AUGACAGUCAUCCACUGCAGCGGCUAUCUGAAAGUGCGUCAGUACAUGAUGGACAUGCCGCUGUAUGAAUCCUGUUAUCAGACUGUGGGUCUGGUGGCAGUCGGUCACUCCCUGCCCCCCAGUGGUAUUACUGAGAUAAAACUCCACAGCAACAUGUUCAUGUUCCGGGCCAGCCUGGACUUUAAACUAAUUUUCUUGGACACAAGAGUGGCAGAGCUGACAGGCUAUGAGCCUCAGGACCUGAUAGAGAAGACUCUCUACCACCACGUCCACGCCUGUGAUGUUUUCCAUCUACGCUAUGCUCACCAUUUAUUACUGGUGAAGGGGCAGGUCACCACUAAGUACUACCGCAUGUUAUCAAAGCAUGGAGGUUGGGUGUGGGUGCAGAGCUAUGCCACCAUCGUCCAUAACAGCCGUUCCUCCAGACCUCAUUGUAUUGUCAGUGUGAACUACGUCCUCACUGACAUCGAGUGCAAGGAGCUGCAAUUAUCUGAGGACCAGAGUCGAGCCACUAAGCCUGGUCUUAGCCUUACUUCCUCUCAGGACCACCACAAACAACUCAGAAACAAAGCAGUCAAGAUGAAAACCAAACUCAGAGCCGCUCCCUAUCCUGAGCAGCAGGCCACUCGCCUCUUCCAGCCAGACCACUUAAGCUGCUCCCCACAGAAGGGGCUAUGGAAGGAGAGGUCCCCGUACCCAGUGACCCCCUGCAGGGAGAAGAACUCCAGCUUAAGCCCUGAAGCAGGUCAGGCGUCCUGCAGCCCCAUUAACAAUCUGACCCUCCACUACCCCUACAAACACCAGCAUCUGGAUGCUCAGACUCACCUGCCUAGCUCAGGUCCCUCUUCUCAGCUGGCUCAACAGAUCAUCGGUUCCCUGCAAAGCAGAGGGCCUGUUGGAUGGAACAUCAGCAGCCCCCCAGUACCCAAGAAAUACACAGGCCCCAUGCUGACAGCUGACCGUAGUUACCGCGAUAAGAUCUCCCAUCACUGUUCCAGCAGCACAAACCAUUCUACUGGCAGGCUGAAGGAAGAACCCUACGAAUCUUACACGCUUGUACACAGCGUGCCUGAGGUUUGUCCACAUCCCAAUGCUCAUGCCACCAAGGACAGUGAACCUUUGAGCCAGGAUGUCCAGCGUAAUACAAAAGGUGCUAAGAGACUUCAGGGUGACUGGGCCCUGGCCUGCCCUUUGCUCAGUGGCCUUGUUCUAGGUAAAGGUGAGCAGGGUGGCCUGCUGCACAGCCUUGGCCAGCCUCUCCCUGUGCAAAUGGCGCUAGGGCAGAGGAGGAGGCUGUGUAUGAUGGAGGCUCCCUACAGCCACCCCGCUGUAGAAUAUCAACAGCCUUCUGAUGGCCACCAGCAGCGUGAAGCUGCCACGGAGCUGCAGCCCAGGUCUCCUGAGGACAGGAGAAUGUUAACAGGUAUGGGGGUUGGGGUGGGACUUCCAGCCCAAGCUCAACACAUGUCUUUGAACUUUCAUGAAGUUUUGAGCAAACACAAUUCCAUUAAAGCCCACCCUUUUACCGCACUGAGCCAUCUUACAGAUGGCUACAGUUACCAUGGUAAAGAGACAGCCUCUUACAGCUGCAACAGCCCCAGCUCCAGCUCGUCCCCUGACAGCCAAAGAGAGAUCCCACAUUACAUUGGCACGUCCGUCAUUAUCACAAAUGAGAGGUGA